ACCGGAAGUGGCGACUGCUCCGCGCGGAUGGCGGUGGCGGCGGCGGCGGCGAUGACGGCGGCUGGCUGCGCGGGGGCUGGGGCGGCCCGCUCCCUCUCUCGCUUCCGAGGCUGCCUGGCUGGCGCGCUGCUCGGGGACUGCGUGGGCUCCGUGUACGAGGCGCACGAUACCGUCACUCUGACGUCAGUCCUGCGUCACGUCCAGAGCCUGGAGCCGGACCCGGGCUCGCCGGGGAGCGCGCGGACAGAAGCAUUGUACUACACAGACGACACAGCCAUGGCCAGGGCCCUCGUGCAGUCUCUGCUGGCCAAGGAGGCCUUCGACGAGGUGGACAUGGCUCACAGAUUUGCUCAGGAGUACAAGAAAGACCCUGACCGGGGCUACGGCGCCGGAGUAGUCACUGUCUUCAAGAAGCUCCUGAGCCCCAAGUGCCGUGACGUCUUCGAGCCUGCCCGGGCCCAGUUUAAUGGGAAAGGCUCCUACGGCAACGGGGGUGCCAUGCGGGUGGCCGGCAUCUCGCUGGCCUACAGCAGCGUCCAGGACGUGCAGAAGUUUGCCCGGCUCUCGGCCCAGCUGACACACGCCUCCUCCCUGGGCUACAAUGGUGCCAUCCUGCAGGCCUUGGCCGUGCACCUGGCUUUGCAGGGGGAGUCAUCCAGUGAGCACUUCCUCCAGCAACUCCUGGGCCACAUGGAAGAGCUGGAGAGUGACGCCCAGUCUGUCUCGGAUGCCAGGGAGUUGGGCAUGGAAGAACGUCCCUACUCCAGCCGACUGAAGAAGAUCGGAGCCCUUCUAGAGCAGGACUCCGUGUCCAGAGAGGAGGUGGUGUCUGAGCUAGUCUCCAAAGGACUCUUAUCUACUCCAUCUCCCUGGGGGGCGACACAGACACCAUUGCCACCAUGGCUGGGGCCAUUGCCGGGGCCUACUAUGGGAUGGAACAGGUGCCAGAGAGCUGGCAGCAAAGCUGCGAGGGCUACGAGGAGACAGACGUCCUGGCCCAGAGCCUGCACCGGCUCUUCCAGAAGAGUCUGUGAGGGCCACAGCUGCUGGGGCUCCGCUGUGUCCAGCAGGACCAACUACAGUUCAGAUUGGAAACCCAGAGGCUCCCCAGGGGCGCGGGUGGCUGCCUCCAUCAUCCUGCCCUGUGGGCAGAGCACACCGCUGGGGUGGGGCCUCUGGGGGAGGCCACAGCACCAUGAGCAUGGGGGGCCGGUGCCUCCACGAAGCCCGGGCUCCGGCUCCCUGCAGAGCCUCAGGCAAGCCUGGCGCCUCGGGCACGUGGGAGGGAUCCAGGCAGCUCUGAUCUUGGAAGGGUAUUUGUGGCAUUUUCCUUUAUUAUCUAAGACAUGGGGUUGGGAGGGGGCCAGAAAUGAUGAGCAAUAGCAUCAUUUCUCCGUGUUGGGAUUUAGCCAGUUUCCCAGAGAACACGUCUUUGGGCCGAGCCCCGGGCAGUGAGUUUACAGGGUCGGGAAGCCCGCACUUGGGCCCAGCUGAUGUAGAUGCCUGGCCCUCGACUGCCAUGGGGCUUAGUAACAGCUUCCAGCAGAACUCCCAGCAAUAAACAGUUGUUGGUAAAUCCUGCCA